AUGGCCUCCGAAUGCAGCUCACAGACCGAGAAAGACACUUCCGUGCCUCCAAAGCAGGAGAAUACCUUCUUGCUGUUCCCAUUCCUACCCAAAGAGUUACGUCUGCAAAUCUGGGAACUUGCGAUUCCUCGUGAGCGUCUCAUCCAGAUCAUCGUACGGCUCCAUCAAGGCGAGAGGUAUGAUCUUGCCGCCUCGGAGCCGCGGUACACCAAGAAGAACGCCCUUGGAAACACCAUCAGCGGCGAGCUCUACUGCACCACGGUGCGGAGCGUCAGGCUCUUGAGCAAGUUCAUGCGCGUGAGCAAAGAGGCGAGGGCUGCGGCCCUCAGCGUCAAUCGUAUUCACAUACCCGUCUAUCUCAAGGGCGACAGCUUCACCGAGAAGACGAUGCUAUAUCUCAACCCUGAACACGACGUACUCCACCUCAGGGCCGACUCGCCGGUGCACAAGACCCUGCUCGACUUCCUCUGGGACCUCAAGGCAUAUGACCCGAAAGGCGUGGGCCUGCGCAAGCUCGCUGUCGACCUGGGCGCGUUCUGCGACAACGACCUGCGCCUCCUCAAGGAGCCGGACCUCCCCCUCUUCCGCCACCGGACAAUCCUGCGCGAGACCCUCGCCCAGCUGGAACAGGUAUGGUUCCUGCAUCUCCAGUGCCAUCCCACCAAUUCCCUCCUGGCCAGGGCGGCAAGGGUCUUGCGAGGCUCGGCAGACGGGAACCUGCCCUUGCCCAUCGCCGGCACGACAGCAUCCUUUGAGCGUCUGGGUGCGGGCCCAGGGGUCGGGGAGGACAAGGCGCUCGAGGCCGUGAACAUGGGCUCUGUCGACCCGCGCGAACUCCUCCUGCGCUGGCGGCGCUUCGUCAGGGCCUGGGUGCCGGACUACGAGGCCCUGAAGACUGACUACCGGCUGUUCAUACCGGCGUGGGCCUUUGAUGAUGAUAAUGAUGAAGAGCAGCGGAAUGCGCCGCACCUAUGGCGUGAGCCGGUUGGCUCUCGAGGAGAUCUGCCGUCUUGGGCUACUGGGAAGGAAGGGGGUUGGCCGCGGCCUAAGAAGGGACAGGCUUUUGGCUUUUGGCUUUUCCCUGUGGAAGCUGCUGGUGAAAUAGGGGAGAGCGACGACUUGGCUGCCAUGACCACGCGGGCUGGUUUCAAGGUGAACUUGAGCCACUUCCCACGAACCUUAGCUGUCUUUACGGCUUGAGAUAAAGAGAGAGAAGCAUGUAAAGUUGAGAUCACUUGUUGCUAUGUUGAG